UUAUAAGAGACUCUCUUCUCUUGUGACCACAUUACAAAAAAGGAUUGUAGAUACAUAAAAUAAAGUAUUGUUUCUUUCUUUUCUUUUUUCAACCCAAAAAGAAAAAGAAAAAGAAAAGAAAGAAAGAAAGCUGUCAAUAAUACCUUCUUUCUUUCAUUCUUUUUUAAAAACCAUCCCAAAAGAACAGAACAGAGCUCAGUUGGAAUAAACACAAGAUCUAAAGACACACAAAAUUUUUUUGCAGAAGAAAAUGAAAGGAAGAGAAACCAAAGGAGCUCCUGCUGCAGCAGAUCUCUUGGUUUGCUUUCCAUCUCGGGCCCACUUAACCCUAAUGCCUAAACCCAUUUGUAGUCCAGCAAGGUCCUCUGACCCCAACAACCACCAUCACCGCCACCGCCACCAUCAUCUCCAUCAUCACCUUAAGAAAUCAAUCACCAGAGGUAGUAAUGGUCAAGCCAGUCCUGUUUUAUGGGCUAAACCCAAGUCUUCAACGGGAACAGAGCUUGUCUCGGAACCCACUUCACCGAAAGUCACCUGCGCCGGCCAGAUCAAAGUCCGGCACAAGACGAGCAACUGUAAGAGCUGGCAAUCGGUGAUGGAAGAGAUUGAGAGGAUGCACAAUAGUAGGAAACAGAAGAAAGCUCGGCCUGGUUGGUCUGAGGCUCUUGGGAUCAAGAAGGAUGUUAUGCAAUUCCUCACUUGUCUCAGAAACAUUCGCUUUGAUUUUCGAUGUUUUGGCUCGUUUCAUAAUGGAGCUGAUAUAACGACUGACGAUGAGGACGAAUUAGAAGAAGAAGAAGACGACGAAUUAGAAGAAGAAGAUGAUGAUGGUGAAACUAAUCGUACCGAGUCUGAAGCUUCUAGAACAGUUUUCUCCAAAUGGUAUAUGGUUUUACAAGAAGAACAGAGUAAUAACAAUGGGUUUUCUAAAGAUGAUCGUAUGAUGAAAAUAGAAGAAGAAGAGGAUGAAAAAGGAUCGACCGGCGGUGAAGUUGCUGUUCCCCCGGCGAAUGCAUUGAUGCUCAUGAGGUGUAGGUCUGCUCCGGCGAAAAGUUGGUUAGAAGAAAAGCAAGAAGAAGAAGAAAAAGCAAAACAAUCAGAAGAAGAAGAAGAAGAAAUAGUAGGAGAGAAAAAGAUUAGCAAGAACAGUUUGAAGUGUUUAAUGGAAGCAGAGAAUAAUGAGUUAGUGGUGAUGAGAUACGACACUGAUUUUUACAAGAUUUCUUCUGAUAUUGCCAAGGAGACUUGGGUCGUUGGUGGGAUUAGAGAUCCAUUCUCCAGGAGUCGAAGUUGGAAGAGAUGAUUUACUCCUUACCUUACUCUUUUAUUAUUAUUAUUAUUAUAAAUAAUUUCAAUGUCUUUUAAUUUUGAUUUUUUUGGGUUGUUUAAUUUGUUCUUGAAGGUUUUUUUUUUAUUAUUAUUAUUUCUUUUAUGAGAAGAGUGAAAAUGAAAGAGAGUGAUGGUGUACAGCUUUUUUUUUGGGGGGGUUAUUUAACCUUAAAAAGUACUGGAUUAGAAUUGUGUACAGCUUUUCUUUCCUCGAUUUUUCGAUAAAGAUUUUGCUGCUUUGUACAUUUUGGUGUUAUAUAUAUGGAUGUAUAUUUGUAUUUGA